ACGUGGCAUUCAACUCUGCCAUCUGUCAUCGAUUUCGAGAAACCUCGAGUGCAUCAACAUCGCCAAUGUUCGGUGAGUUUUCUCGUAAGAAAGCGAAAAACGUCAAUCAUUAUGGAUGAAACGAGUUGGAUUCUGGAAUUAGAGAGCUGUUUGCUGUCGGAGUGCGACAUAAACACCAUCAGGAGGAUCUGUAAUGGCCGACCUCUUCCCGAUCAUCUCAGACGUAACGUUUGGGAAGUUUGCUUGAGAGUUAAGCAAAAUAGUAGUGAUUACGUCACAUGGGACGAGAUCUAUGACCUAACAGAACAAUCGGUCAUCAGGCAGGACUGUCAAGAGUUAGUAGACAGAUUGGGCAACGAAGAGGAAGACAAGAUAUCGGUCAUGAGCGAUUUGGAGUCCGUCGUCACCAAAUACUGCAAGGUGACCGGAGAAAUCUACGAGACGGGGAACCGAUGGUUGCAGCUCCUCGAACCUCUCAUCGCUCUUCACCUUCCCAAGGACGAACUGUACUCUUGGUUCUGCGCCAUCCGUCGGAUGUAUCUGGUGCGUCGUUCGGCUCCGGCCCCGUUUCACUUCUUUCGUCUGCUGUUGCUCUAUCACGACCCCGAGCUGUGCUCGCUUCUGGAUACAAAGAAGAUUUCUGUCGAGUCGUUCGCGGAGAGUUGGUUUAAUAGUCUGUUCUCUUCCACCUGUCACCUGAACGUUACCAUGGCCAUUUGGGACGUGUAUUUUCAGACCGCGGAUCCCUUUUUGAUUUUUUAUCUAGGUUUGGUGCUGGUGGUGAAUAGUAAGGAACAGGCGGUGGCGUGUAAGGAGAAAGACAGGCAAGCCAUUGUCGAAAUUCUUUCGAGCGCUCCGUACGCUCUGGAAUUCGAAGAUGUGGAGGACUUCUGUCUUUUGGCGCAGCACUAUGCGUCCAGAACGCCGCCUUCGUUUGCGAGAGACCAUCAGGGCGUGAUUUUUGGCGAGGGAGACGAAGGAGUGGAUUUCAUCUCCCAGGCAUUGUGUCUUCCGGUUUCGAUAUAUGAACUUGUUUUGAGCUCGGAGAGCGAGAGGAACGGAGGCGUUAGAUAUUUUGUUGUGGACUGUAGGCCCGCCGAACAGUACAACGCGGGACACUUGCCGACGGCAUUUCAUUUGGAUGCCAGCACUAUGCUACAAGAACCAGCUGCUUUCCACACUGCUGUACAGGCAUUAUUUGCUGCUCAACGACAGGCCAUUCAGGCGAGAUCGGUGGCUGGUGGCGAACAUGUCUGUUUUAUGGGUAGCGGGAGAGAGGAAGAAGAUCAGUACGUCCAUAUGGUGGUUGCCAGUUUUCUUCAAAAACAGUUACCUUUGAUCAGUUUGGUGAAAGGAGGAUAUGCUGCCUUGCAUGACUUUUUUGUAGAUAAUUUGAAUGAAAAACUGAAGGACCACAAUCCCAAAUUGUGUAUCAUGUGCAAUCCUUCUCCCGGUAAUGACAGUGGUAUUGAAGAAGAAGAGAUUUCGUUUCUAGACAAAUUAACCUCGGCGGUGAAAACACGAUCUGCAGUCGUAAAAUACAAACUGGUGGAGUACAUCAAAAAUCCUCAAGAUCCCGUGGAAAAACACGUCAGCAGCACUGAUAAAGUGGGCAAACGAUACAGGGGAAUGGCUCCCAUUUUCAGCAUUGACGAUGAACACGAAGAAGGAAGAGUGACUGACGAAGAACUGUUAGAGGAAAUCCAUGUCGAGAAGUGGCUGAAAGCAUCGAACAUCACCGAUUUCUUCAAGUGCGAGGAACUGCAAGACAACGGUUCCAUCAAUCCCGCCGGUCUAGCGGUGCUCGACACAGAAUUAAUAUUAAUCCGAGAAAUUCCCAACAAGAAGGGCUACGCAUACAUUAUUGCCAAACGUCCCCUCUUAUCAAUCGUAAAAAUCACAAGCAAGCGUCGCCAUCCAGAAUUAAUAACUUUUAAAUACGGAUAUAACACGUCAAAAGAAGAUUACGUAGUCACUGCAAUGGACAGGCUCUUAAUUCCAAAAGCGGGAGAUGCAACAAAACUUAUCAAAUAUAAAGUGAUAUCUUUAAUGAAUUUAUAGAUAUUUUUAAACGUCAAAAGGACUACUUAUCGUUCGAAUAGUUAAUCACGUAUUCCGAUAUUUGGAAAAUAGCGUCAUACCACUUAAAAUUCAGUUUUAGUGUAAGUUCUGCCGCACGUUGUCGAGAGAAUCGGCAGAAGUCUAUCGAUCCUGCAACUUUUAAUCGAAAAAAGUAUUUUUCCAUCGUAAAAAUAUCGUAAACUUUCUUGUAACUCGAAGAUUAUCUAAAGCGGUUUGUUCUCCGACGGAUACCGAGAAGCACUCUUUACUUUUGCAAUAAUCUGUUAAGUUUGAAAGAUAUUUGAGAUAAUUUAAUAUAUUUAAUUAUUGUAAUCGUCUUAAGUUAAGAAAAAGACGUCAAGAAUUAGUGCCAAGGAUAUUUAGGUCUGUUUUAAAGGUAUUUGAUUAUAAUGAGAUUUGGAAGGUGCCGACACGCUCGUGCACAACCAGUUUCCUAUUUUUGAUUGUUUCAAGAAUUAAUUUAAUAUAUUAUCUGGUAUUCGCUUACAUUAACAUGCAAUUACAAAGCUCCUUUUACAGGUAUGAUGUUUAAGUCCUUCAUAAAGUAAAAUAUUGGAUGAAUUUAUUCAUAUUAGUUAGUAUACUAUGAUACAGA